UGCGGAAUCUUGUAGGUUUUUUAUUUUUAUUAUUAUUAUUUUAUCUUUUUUUGGGAGGGGGAACAGGGGGGCGUAUGACAGGAAGAUGGGGAUAUGGCGAGGAGAGGGGGAUCAUAUGGAGAGGAGGAGGAGGAGGACGACGUGGAUAGAGAGGACGACGAGGAGGAGGAGUCGAGAUGGGGAAGGAGAAGAGAUGGACGGAGGGAAAAGAGUAAGGGCAGGAGGAAGAGGACGAGUGGGAGGAGGAGGAGACAUGAACGGCGAGGAAGGGGAGGACAUGAGGAAGGGAAGGAGAUGAGGAGGCAUGGAAGAUGGGGAAGUACGAGGAGGAGGAGGAUUCAAGGAGGAUGGGGAAGGGCAGGAGGAGGAGGACGAACAGGAGGAGGAGGAGGAGACGAAAAGGAGAAGGGAGGAGGAGACAUGGAGGAUAUUGAGGAAGUGGAGGAGGAGCAAGCUUCUCCUCCACAUCGUCCGUGCCGUCACACUCUGUUCCGCCAGGGGGACGACAUCCACGGAAAGGCGGCAGCUUCUCGGACCUCUCCUCGGGGGGUGAGCGGGUUACGUCUCUGGGGUGCGAGGAUUGAGACGACAGCAGAGAGACAUUAUCCCUGUGGAGGUCGUGGCGAUGGAGGUGGUGGAGAGGGCGAACCUGCGCUGUUGACUCCGCUUGAGCGGGCAGCCGUGGCAACGGCCGUGUCAACCGUUACUCUUCGUUGUCAGCAGGAGAGGGUGCUGGGACAAAUGAAGGAGCAGUUGUGUGCGUGUAGAAGAAGGACGCUGGGGCAAGCUGCGGAUGAUAGCCCCGACGACGUGGCAACUUUGGAGGCUGUCAUUGAGCUGUGCUCGACGUUGGGUUGCGGCGUCAUUCCACGAGCGACACGGAGGUGGUGGAUCAAACGCAGGAUAGGGGGGACAUGGGAAGACCUUCGACAGUGCGACAAUGCCGUGGAUGACUACUUCGACGAGAAGCAGCACAGCGCCGAGGAGCAGCAGAGGGACCACCAGAAGCAGCACAAUGAUGAGGAGCAGCAGAGGGAGCCUGCGGUACAGGUCGGCCAUGAACUGCAUGGUGGAGAGGGCAGCAAUGAGCACACGACGGCGGAGAAGGCAAGAGUCUUAUCGGACGUGCAGCAUGUGACGACAUGCAUGGGAAUGCGACGCUUGUGAAGAAACCUCUUAUGUGGAUGGACUAAAGGCGCCACCGGAAGAAAAAAACAAAUUCCCACCGUUGAU